UCAAUUCCAUAUGAUAAUAUGUUUUCAAGACUGAUUUGACUUACGUAGUGUGAACGUGGAAUAAUUUCGGUAGAAAACAUUUUCUGUUGUAUUCACGUGUCACAUAGUGAACGCGUAAGCAUCUACUAAUAUUGUACAAAAGUCUACUUGUGAAGUAGCAUAUACUCAUUUGAGAUAUUAAUUAAGUGACCACGAAGCAUAUACAACAUCAACUGAGUGUUUACUGCUUUUAAAACAUGGCACCAAAACAAAAAAUGCGGAUUGCUAAUGAAAAAGCAAUGAAAAACAUCACGAUGAGGGGCAAUGUGUCAAAAUCAUCGAAAUCUCAAGAAGAGUCAUCACCUGUUGGACCAUGGCUUUUAGCAUUAUUUUUAUUUGUCGUUUGUGGAUCAGUGAUAUUUCAAUUAAUCCAAAGCAUCAGAAUGGCAUAAAUUUGUGAAUCAUGUUCAUCAUCCAUCUUCA